AGCGGGCAGCCGGGUUUAGGGUCCUUCUACACUCGGCGUCGCAUAGGCGCAUGCGUAGAGGGGGUGACUUUGAGGCGACGAGAUGCUGAGCAAGUUGGUUGGGCCGCGGUACGUUCAGCUGCUGCAGAACUGGACUCCCACCCUGGUUACGUGGGGUGCUGUAGGUGGAACCGGUGUGAUAUGGAUCACGGAUUGGAAACUCGUCCUUCAGUACGUCCCUUACAUCGGUGGGAAGUAUAAAGCUGAAGAUUGAGCUUCCCUCUGAUGGGGAUGUAUUGCUGGAUUGGUUUGGAGCCUUCUGCUGAGAUCCCUGCUUUGAGGUGAACUCGAAAUGCUCAGCACAAAUCCUACAAGAGGUUUUGGUGCCACAUUGUGACCACUUGGUUGUGAACUCAUCCCUUCCACAGCUGAUCUUGGCCUAAAGCAAGUAAUUUAUGAAGCCAAUGUACAAAAUAAACCAAGUGAACAAUA